AUGAAGAAAACUAUUUUAAAAGCAUUACCAAAAGAGUUAGAUGUAAUAUUCGUGAAUGAAAAUUCUCGAAUGCCAAAAGUUUUACGAACACAUUUAAAUCAUCUCGAGAUGCAUCGACGAUGUCAACAUGAUUCACAACUGGCAAUCAUAUUCUACUUCAAAGAAGGAUAUUUUAGUCAAGAAACAGCCUCGACAAUUGAUUCAACACUUGAUACAAUGAAAUCUGAAGCAUCAUCACCCUCUGAAAAAACUUCUCAAUGCUUAUUAUUCAGCCCAAAACAUUUAAGUUUAGAUGGUUUGAACUUGAACGAACGGAAAAGAAAGAAUGAAGAAACACCGAAAUUCUUCUCAAAAAAAAAACACAUUCUUCCUUUCCGCGGUAUUCCAGAUGAAGUUGGAAGCAUUUCUUCUUCAGGAAGUGAUACAAUAGCCGGUGCUUCUAAAAAUACUAAUGAUAUUGUUUUAUCACCAAUUCCAACAACAAGUACUUUUACCGAUCGUAAUCGUAAUUUUUUUCAAGCAGCACAUUCUCAAAAAAAUGAUUUGAUAGAACAAAGUAUUGAUGCACAAUCUCAAAAAGCAAUUGAUACUUCACUUAAACGUACAACGACGUCUUCAUUAAAAACAAAAACAACAACUGGUGGCUUUAAAGAUAAAAAUAAUCUUUCUGAAUCACAAUAUCCAGAAACGAAUAUUUACACUAGUACAAUUAGUAACAUUUCUCGAGCACCACAUGAUGAAACAAAUGUUCUUAUACAACCAGUUGUAGAUCAUUUCGUGUCGCCCAUUUAUGCAUAUGAUAGUUUAUCAAAACCUGGUGAAUCUGGUUUUGUGUCACCUCAUUCUGCAUUAAUUGCUCGUACAGAAUUUGAUGCUACUGAUUUUGGUUUACAAUGUCAUAAAGCACUUCAUUUUUCUGAUGAACGUAAUAGUACCUCAUCAAAAACUGAUAAAACAGCUGCUUCCUUAAAAGAAACCGAAAAUAUUGUUGUAUCUGAGCAUCUAACAACAGCUGAUAAUUGUUUUGAUACAAAUAGUAAUCGUUUUGAAGCAGCGCAUCAACAAAUAGGUGAUUUUGUGGAAAAAAUUCUAAACCGUUUUAUAUCACCAAAUCAUGAAACAUAUGAUGUUGUAAAUGCAAAGGAUGAUAAUUUUUCAAAACCAAAUCAAUCACCUUCUGGUUUAAUUGGUAAAAACAAUAUUUCUGGCUUGUCAGGUGGUACAGCAUGUGAUAUAGAAGAAAACAACGUUGAGAACGUUAAUGCAUCAUCAGAGAUCGGUGAAUUGUUAAAAGAGAUCAAAAUGAAUUACGAUUUAACGAUCGGUGGAAUCUCAAAAAGAAUAGACGAGCAGCAACGAAUAUUAAAUGAUCUAAUUAAAGAAAAAAACAACGCUGAAACUCGGUUUUAUGAUGCACUUGAAAAAAAAUGUUCUCAAUGGAUAAAAAAGAAAACAUCUCGUGGAAAGAAAAAACGUAUUGGGCAAUUGAAAAUCAAGAUUCGUUAA